CGAGUUUCGCUUCUCGGACUAAAUUUCGGAAAUGUAAACGGUUACUCGGAGCUCGUAGCGACUUCGAUCCGAGCCCGGAUCGAAGUAGAAUACAAUCCGACUUGUUGUACGAGAGCACCUGUUUCUCGAUAAUAUAAAAUGGCGGAACUAAAGUUUUCCAGCGAGCAAAUGGAACAAUUUAUUGAUCUUUAUAGAUCAUUUGAGUGUUUAUGGAACAUUAAAUGUACAGAUUAUAGAGACAUCAACAAAAGGAACAACGCGUAUGAAUCUAUUGCCGAUAUUAUGAAUAUUUCAAUAGAAAACGUGAAGAAGAAAAUAAACAACAUUCGAUCGACGUAUUUGCAGGAAAAGAAAAAAGUUGAGUUAUCAAAAAGUACAGGUAUGUAAAAAUAAUAUUGUAGUUCAGUGAUUUUGAUUAAUUUAAAGGUUUUAAACAUAGGCUAUGUUUAUAUCAUUGUAUAUAUAUAUAUAUAUAUAUAUUAUAUCACUGUAUAUUAAAAAGAUAUUUUGUUUAUAGGGUCGGGCGCAGAGGAUAUUUAUAUUCCAAGCUUAUUUUGGUUUAGUAGUAUGGACUUUUUGGAUGACGUUACAACAUCAAGGAAAACAGUGUGUACUCCAACUACAAAACAAUAUGUCAAAAAAUCAACAAAUAAAGAAUGUGAUAAUACUAUUACACCUAUUACACAAGGAACGUCACGCAGUACUAAUCCUCCUCGCAACAAAAAAGUUCGUAGACAGGAAACAGAUUCUGAAAGAGGUUUUGAAGAUGCCGUGAGUAGUUUGAGCGCGAUAUGUAAGGAGGAAUCAACAGAAUUUGACAAGUUUGGGGAGAGAAUAGCAGCGCAGCUAAAACAAUUUCCUUUGGAAGAUGCAGUAACACUGCAAUUAGAAAUUCAGCAACUUAUAACGCAAACCAGAUUACGAGUAAUUAACCGCCAUAAAACUUCGCCAGUUUCGAUAAAUACUUGCAACCCAGGAUUAACUGCAUGUAUGACAUCUCCAUUUUCCCCAGAUGACUAUAAUAUUCCCACACCAUCUUCUGUUAAUUCUUAUCACUCAGAAUCAUACAGUGAAUGUUCUAACAUAAAUAAAAGAACUAAUGAUUCAAAUACCAUUUUUCUAGCAAUAAGUGGUGCUCAGAUUAUUGACCAGUCUAGUGAAGACACAGAUAUUUAAUAUUUUUGUAGAAACCUUAAUAAAAUUACUAC